AUGAUUCCAAUGUUGUGGACGUCAACCGUGUUUUCCCCUCAGUUCAGCACCCAGGAGAAGAACAUGGAGCGCCAGCGACAGAAGACGCUGAAGGUCCAUGAGAAGUCCACCUAUGCUGGGAGGAUACAGGCCAAGCAGGCUAACCUGAGGCAGGAGCUGAGGCAGGGGCAGAAUGAGGUGUACUCCACCUCCUGCAGCAAGGCUGUGUCCACCCUCAGGGAUGAUCCGGCAUGGAGGAAAGCUGCCACCCUGAACUCGAAUGACAGGGAGAAUAUUAGUGAGUACAUCACUAAGAAGAGAGAGAUGUUUCUUAUUGAGUACUCCCUGGCUGUGAAGAGGGAGGUGAUUCACAAGCUGGCUGAGGUGGCCACCAAGGAAGAGAACAGGCUGCAGCAGGCGGAGACAUUUCUGGACGAGGACACGGCCAUGUUUGACGAGUUCCUCGAGGAGAAUGACAAGAACUCAGUGGAGGCAAUCAAAAUUGCUGAACACGAGACCAAAGCCAAACUGGAGAAGGUUGCAGAGAUCAAGAGGAUCUCAGGCAAAAUGGUGGCAGUAAAAAGUGACAUCUCCAAGAACGAGGAGAUCCUGAAGGAGUACACCCUGUACAAUGGCUUCCUGCUGAAGCUGUCCCCUACAGAGUGGCAGGAGAGACAGCAGGCUCGCAGGGCCAUGGUGGACAAGAUCAAAGCUGCCAUCAAGGAGAGGGAGGCUCAGCUAGCCGGGCCAGCCAAACCCGGCAGACGUAAAGAGAGUAUGGCCAGGGACCUGCCUCCUGUAUGUGACCCCAGGACUCCCCAGAGACAGAGUAUGAUGGGAACCAGAGAGAGCAUCAAGCCAAUCAGGAAGGAGGUUACAGUACCGGUGGAUGAGAGCAAACUGCCUGAAUAUGAGGUCAGAUACGUUUUAUGCUAUAUCCUAAGUAAAGGUUCACUGUGUGUAUGUAUUACCCCACAGGAGCCGGAGCUGUUCUUCACUGACCCUCAGCAGCUGUUGGACCUGCUGACAGACCUGGAGAAGCAGAACCUGACUCUGAUCCAGAACUCCAGAGAGACAGAGGAGACCAUGGAGGAGUUCAAACACACUUUGGACAACACUCGCAACAAGAUGGACCAGGAGACAGAGCAGCUGACCCAGCAGAUUGACAUAAUUACCCAUGCCAUCCAGAGAGAGAAGGACACUGCUGCUGAGCUGGAGCUCAAAUCGCGACUCUUCUCCUUUGGGAAAUACAAGGCAGAGGACCAGGAUGUGAUGCUGGAGGCCCUGGGCAGGAAGGUGGCAGAGGUGUACAGGAGCUAUGCGGGGGAGAGUGGGGCCAACCUGACCACGCUACAGAUGCUGACCAACAUCGAGGGCCGCCUGGGGGAGUUGCUGGAGAACAUGGAGCUGGUUCCCAAGGGCCGUGUGCUCAUGGCCGAGAGGGCCAAGGAGAAGGAGAGGAGACUCAGGCUAAGGGAGGAGAAGGUUCGUGUGCAGAAGAUGCAGCAAGAGGAGCGCCUGCGUAAAGCCCUGGAGAGAGCUCAGGCUAACACCAAGAGACCUACGGGGAAGAAGCUGAUGCCUCGCUCACUACCUCCGGUGACUGAGCAGUUCGUGAACAAUGAUGACAGAGACACUGACAUGGAGAAGGAGAAGCAGCUCUACUUCUUCACCUGAACCCCUCCAGCCUAGACCAUGGUCCCUGAUGGA